AUGGCUCAAGAGCAGUCAUCCACUUGUCCUACUGACUCCUCAGCUGAAGAACAAUCAUCCAGUCAUGAUACUGAUUCGUCGGCUGCAGUACGGGAAGUAAAGCUACGUACCGUUGAAGCUGUUCGAGCAGCAAAUGCUUUACCUAAGCUUUCAGAAGGAUAUGAACUGUGUGCAAGCUUUCCGGUAUUUAGUGCUCUCAUGCUUCAGCAUCAAAGAAGGAUUAUUUCUUUAAUGCGUGAUGUAUUUCGAAAUGCUGGUUGUGUUCUCUCAAUACCUACUGAUAACAUGGAUAUAGAUGAGCUGGCAGAUCGUAUUGGAGAGACUAAUGACAUUAUUUAUGAAAGGGCUGGUAUCUUAAUCGAUUUACUGAAAAAAGCCAAGACUAUGGACGAAGUAGUUAUACCCCAACAAAUAGUAGAUGCUGAAACUACAGCUAUAGGUCAGUGUAAUCUGCUUGAAAACCAGAGUCGUUAUUCAUCGCUUCUGGCACGUCUACCAAAUUCUAAGAACAAGCCCGAUGAGCUAAAAGUUGAUGAUACUGAUGGAGCCCUUCUUGCUGUGAAGGAAAAACCUCAGGUCGUGUAUGGCAUUGAAGUUGAUAACAGCAAUUCAAGAUUUAUUCCAAAAUUAAAAAAUAAAUAUCAUGAACUAGAAACUUCUUUGAAAAAUCUGUACAUUGUUGACGAAAGUAGUGAUGGUAUCAAUACUAGCAAUUUGUGGCGCUCUGAUGAAGCUGAAAGUUCACAUCCUUACAGUAGAGAACUGAUACAUUUUAAGGUUCCAGAGAAGCAGUUAAGCACUGGACUGGUUCAUCCUUUGAAGGCAAUAUCUGACACAGAACUCACUUAUGUUGAAAAGCUAGAUCAACUGGAGAAGUUGCGAGAGAUUUUAAACAUGGGGACAGAAUUCAGUGUGGAUCUGGAGCACAAUUGGCAUCGUUCAUUUUUGGGAUUAACUUGUUUGGUUCAAAUUUCAACUCGAACUGCUGAUUAUAUUAUUGAUCCAUUUCCACUCUGGAAUGACAUGCAUAUAUUAAAUGAACCGUUCACGAACCCCAAUAUUCUAAAGGUUUUUCACGGACCAGAAUCUGAUAUUCUGUGGUUGCAGCGGGACUUUGGAAUUUACGUCGUAAAUAUGUUCGAUACUCAUAAAGCAAUGAAGGCUCUAAAUUUCUCCAAAUUUUCAUAUCAUCAUUUAGUGCAGAGCUAUUGCAAACAUACUUUAGAUAAAAAGUUGCAAAAAGCUGACUGGCGUAAAAGACCACUUAGUGAUGCUCACAAAGUGUAUGCUAGAAGUGAUACACAUUAUUUGUUACAUUGUUAUGACCAACUUCGAAACAACCUUAUCGCCGCUGGAAAUGGUUCUAGCAGUCUUUUAAGUUCUGUUUAUGCUGAAUCCACUAAAAUUUGUGCAAGUGUUUAUGAAAAGCCAGUGUUUAUUAGUGACGGUUACGAAAAAUUGUUAACAGGAAGAAAACCACUAGAUUCUCGUCAACAUUUCGCUCUGAAGGCCUUAUAUAAAUGGCGUGAUGAGCAAGCAAGAACAUACGAUGAAAGUCCACAGUAUAUCUUACCCAAUCACAUGAUGUUACAGAUCGCAGAGGUUCUUCCACGAGAGAUGCAAGGUAUCUUGGCAUGUUGUUAUCCGAUUCCAGUGCAUGUUAAGCAAGAGUUGCACUCCCUUCAUCAAAUGAUUAGCACAGCUCGCGAUCAACCUCUUGUUAAACCUUCAAUUUAUGGACCUUGCACUGGCCCGCUGAGUUUCGAAAAUCUCACUUUCCGGUUGAAUAGAAUGACUCCACUCAAAGCACUAUUAAGUCAUUUUGAUUUCUCUUCAACCAAAUAUAAUGAAGAAAUCCGUCCAUUGGUGGUGCAAGAUGUGGGUAAUGCAGUUCAGGAGAAGUCUGCUAUAAAUUGCGCAGAUCCUCCUACAAUUUAUGUGCUUGGCGAACAACCUGUAAUAGAAACCGAACGUUUGAACAGAGUCAAAAAGAGACUAGAAUCAUGGGCUACACCUUAUGAAUGCUAUCAAGUAGCAAUAGCUCAACGAAAAAUGAGAUUAGAAAAGGAGAGUCAGGAAGCAGAAGCAAAAAAGACUGAUAAGACUGAGCACCGUAAUGCUGAAGGUAAGAAGUUAUGGUCUCAUCUUGAUCCACCCGCAAACAAACCUGAGUAUCGUGAACAAAAGACAGUAGUCGCUGAAUUACAAAUAGAAAAUGAGGCUCGUAAAAAUGUGGCUCAAGAAAUAAUCAUUGACGAGGGAAUGACCUUAACGAAGGAGAAGUUAAAACAUAAAAGGAAAUUGGCAUCAUCAACGGUCAGCAUUCCAGUACCGGAGAAGACAAAUAGGACGGAGCUAGCUCAUUCGGAAGAUGUUAAAAACAGAAGUCAUAGAAGUAAUUGGACUGUUGCGGCAGAGAAGUGCGAGGAGCAAAUGGAUUACGAUGUACUUGAUCGUAAUCAAUUCAACACAGGUGCUACAUCAAGUUCCAAUGUAUAUGAUCCAUUUAAACGAAACAGGGGUGGAAAUCGCUAUAGCUCAGGUCGCGGUAUAUCGAUGCAAACAAAAGCGAAACCGUGGAAUAAAUAG